AUGGAUAAUAUGACAUACAAUCAACGAUUUGGUAAUGUCUGUAAACAUGCUGAUUAUAUACGUGACUAUACAGCUGAUCUUGAUAAUAAUUUAUGGUGUCGUUUAACAAUGGUAUUUCCUGCUACUCAACCUGAUCGUUUAAAAAAUAAUAUAUUAACAUAUAUAAAUAGAUUUAUUGAAACAUUUGAUGAAAAUGUUUAUAUGAAAAUUCAUCUUCAAUGUUAA